CAUUUUUAAUCCUACAUUUGAAGGUUGCAAGCUUAUAUAAACUAUUUCCUUUAAAUAAUUUGAUAUCGCCAAAAGAUUUCCACAGAGAGAGAGAGAGGGGAGAUGGGUGGGCACCCAUGUUGCACUUCUUCCUCUCAGCUCGUCCCUGUCAUGUCACUGAGAAACCCGGCAAAAUCUUGCAGUUUCAACAAUGCUUUUCCCACAAUAAUCACACAUACUCAUCCCAGUGAAUCAAGAACAAGGACACUAUGUAAUCGUAGCAGUAGCAGAAGAAGAAGAAGAAUGGUGGGAGACACGGAGUUAAUCUCAAGUCCCUCAAACCCAUUUGUGAAGCACUGCGUCAAGCUUCGCCUCAGCGCUCCCUAUCGCCAUUCCACUCGCUCUGCCCUCCUCAUUGGCACCACCCCAUUAAGGCUCUCUCUCUUGAUAGACACAGUCAAUAACUAUUCUUUCUCUGUCAUGAAUAUCAUUCACCAUUUGUUUGCCUACCAUUUACUAGUUGUACUACCUGUGUUUCACAUUGUUGAUUUGUAUCCAGUAAACAAAACCACUAAUGGCUUCUCAAAAAUGUGGAAACAAGAAAAAGUUCAUAUGCUCGCAAUUGAUCUAAAAUGUGUUGCUUAUAUGCUUGCUUGUGAUAAAUUCCUGUGUGUGAUAUGUAUGGCGUGGAGAGAGAGAGUUUGUCCACCAAAUGGAUCAUGUCUUCAUUUGAAGGGUCCAACUCUGGGUCACCAUCAACCAAUUUCACAGGACAGUGACAGGGAGUUAUCUACCUUUCAAGAAACAAAGGAUGCCGGUGCAAUUAUUGAUUGUCUACUUAUAUUAGAUGGUGUGGAGAUUCCCAAAGAAUUGGAUGAUCCAUUUAUCCGUGUUGUGCGUGUUAGCCCUCUUGUAAUGAAAAAAUUAGCUGGGUUGCAAUCGAUGGACUCUAUUGAAGCGAUUGGUGUCAUGAGAAUCCCUUAUAGCUUUUGUGACAUGGAAAACUUAGACAGGGAAACAGAUGUUUGGAGUUGGUCUACCGUUCCACAUAGGAUAUUAGUCCUUGAUGGGAUCCAGGUUUAUUUUCUCAAUAUUCCUAUCAAGUAUUGCUCACAGCAUGGAGUAUUUCUACUUCCUGGAUGCUGUGAUCCUUUCAACUAUAAAGCUGUACGCGCAUCUCGAGGUUCAUGCUUUCGCCUACCCAUUGUUUCUGGUCGAUGGGUCCAUUUGGAUGCAUUUCGAAGAAAAUUUGGAAUGAAAAUGGUCGCUGGCCAUCCUGGGAAUUCUGACAGGGAAAUGUCAAGUUUUCUCUCUCGUGAGCUAUCAUCUUCUUUGGCAGAAACUCCUAUUGGUUUGGUGUUGGGGAGUGAAGGUGCUGGUUUGUCUAAGCAGUCCAAAGAGGAAUGUGAGCUCAUAAGCAUCCCAAUGUCAGGCAAUUUUGAGUCCCUCAAUGUCUCUGUAGCCGGAGGGAUUUUCUUGUUUUUGCUACAGCCUCAGAGUUAGCUCAUUGAAUCUCUCUCACAAAGAUGGCUGGCCCGGUAUUUUUGUACAGAGCAGAAGCUUUGUUUGUACAUGGACUCUGUACUUUUAAUCAAUAGUAAUACAAACAAUGUCAUUAAAAAACAAGAAAUUUUAAAAAAAA